AUGAUUGAGGUCCUGAAGGUGAUCAAGCGGGAUGCCAUCUUGUUGCCACCUGGAGAGGGAGCCACUGAGGGUGCGAAGGCACAGCAUGAGCGACUCAUGUUUGUUGCUAAAUGGAUGUGGGAUUGCCUCUUUGCUCAGGCUGGUGGUGCAUCCAAGUUUUGGAGGAAGGCAGUUCGCAAGAACUACAUCAUUUCGGAAGCCAGGGUUGAUGGUUUGGAGGCUUUCCCUCCCAAUUCGGAAGCAUUUGCUGCCCUCGCCUUCGAGAAUGGUUACACAGCGGAACCAGGUGCUGUGGACAAUGAAGGCAACCCUACCAAUGGAAAGUGGCACGAGUACUUCAAGGUUACCAAUGGCUUCACCUUGGACGUGAAGUUGCCUCGCUCCAGCAAAGCAGAUGAUCCGGAGGGAGUUUAUGAAGGGAGGUACUCCAGUUCCAAGGCUGGAUCUUCUGCUUUUGGAGGGUGGGGUGAUAACGGCCUUCGCCGCUUCAAGGAUUUGCAGAAGCUUGUCAAGGAAUCUAGAGCCCAGGACCAUGCUAAAUUGGUGGAGCGGGCCAUCCUUGCUCGUGUGCGCAAGGACAUCUACAAGAUUCCUGAUAGUGUCGAUGCUGGAACUGAGGACUCGAAGAAGCGCAAGCGCCAAGAGUCCAGUGUGAAUCUUGAUGAGAUUGAUGAUUAG